AUGGAUGAGGAGGAAUCGAUAGUGAUGCGCCUGCAAGACCUGGAGAGCGAACUGAAUGAUGCUCAGGAUUGUGAAAACAACGAGGAGGAAAUCGGCAAACUUGCCAAGGCAUUCAUCGACUUCCAUGGUGAGAUUGUGAUGCUCUUGCACUGGGGUCAUGUCAACUAUGUGGCAGUGACAAAGAUACUGAAGAAGCAUGACAAGCAGACGGGCCUGCCCCUCCACACCCCUUGCAUCGAGACUGUCCUGCAGCAGCCCUUCUUCUCCACUGAGCUGCUCCAGCGACUGGCAAAACGCGUUGGGUCCAUUGUUGACAACCUCAUCAGUGAUGGUUCCCCCACUGGGGACUCUGGCUCAAGCGAAGAGGACAAUGACAAGGAGGAAGCAGCCCCCCCCAUAGACAAGCCCCGAGGGAUACAGCAGACACACAUGGCAUUGGGCAUGUGGCGGGAACUGAGGGUCAACGCAUCCACGCCCUCCACUUUGGUGCACGUGGCAGGAGACCACCUGCCGGAGGCCCUGCUGGCCCAGGAGGAGCCUGCCGCAAGCACCGGGCCCAGGGUAGCUAUUGUGGAACACGGCAAAGAUUCGGAUGGGAGUGAGAGCUGCAAGGUGUCGCCAGAGAGGCGGAAAAGGGCUCGGGCUGCUGAUGAGGAACCUGGAAAUGGCACCCGUCGUCGCCGUGUGUGCUAA